AGUAUGAUUCUUGACUACCUAUCAGAAUCCAGCUCCCUUCGAAACACUAUUACCCACAAUACUAAUCAAGAAAAAAAAUAUUUUUUUCUCUUCAGCUCACCACAUGCGGACUGAAUAUUACUCAGGUAAAAUGGUUGGCUGGUUCAAUGGUGCAGCCAACCUUGUCUCCUUCCAUGCCUAGGAAGUACUACUCCGAGUGAAAUGAGAGAGAAAUGAAAAAGGCACCAAGGAACAUUAAACCCAAGAUGGUAGCAAGCACGACCGACUUCCACCUGUGCGAGAUGGAUUUAAUCCCAGUUCCUGGAGCCAAAUUGGCCCCGCAAUCGAUCCAGUGAUGAAUACCUUUCCCUCUUUUGUUUGUUGGUGCGACCUAUGAGAUCACCGGAAUCCUCCCGUCACUUUGGAACGAACAUGGGACGCCGUGCUUUCUGGCUUUUCUUCCAAUUCUAUUUCCAUUCGACAGCAACAACUUGUACCUUAAUCCAGGGCUGCCGUUUGAGACCUUGCAGUCGCGCACUUACUUCGGCCAAUGUGUCGAAUUGUGCAAAGCUUAUCCCGAAGAUGUCGGUUACCUCUCCUUCAUAUAUUUCUACUUAUACUCCCUCCCUAGGUCCCUUGCAUGAAUCUACCAAGAAAUGAAUGCCAAUUAACCCGUCGUACCCUAAAUCUAUAGGUUAUACUCAAAAAAAAUGUCAAGUUUCACCCCAGAGUUCACCCGAAGCUUCGCACGAGAAACAUGGACUCUCUACGCAGUAGGGAUGCUGAGUGUUUGCCUGCGAUUGUAAGUUGUUGUUGCUAAAGCAAGAAAGACCGCAUGCUAUCUGAUACUUUUGCUUGGCCCUGUACUGAUUUCAUAUUUCCUUGCAGUGUGGCCCGAAUACGUCGUUUAG